UUCCGCGGGUACCCAACCAUGCGUCCCCUGCGUGCUGACGUCAGGCGCGUGCCCCUGUCCGGCAGCCGAGGAGGCCCCGCGCAGUGCUGCCAACGCCCCGGCGGAGAAGCUGAGGUCAACAUCAAAUUUGAAAUAUUAAAAGUGGAUAAAAAACUAUUUCCAGAAUGCAGACAAUUAAAUGUGUUGUUGUUGGUGAUGGUGCUGUUGGUAAAACAUGUCUCCUGAUAUCCUACACAACAAACAAAUUUCCAUCGGAAUAUGUACCAACUGUUUUUGACAACUAUGCAGUCACAGUUAUGAUUGGUGGAGAGCCAUACACUCUUGGACUUUUUGAUACUGCAGGGCAAGAGGAUUAUGACAGACUACGACCGCUAAGUUAUCCACAGACAGAUGUUUUUCUAGUAUGUUUCUCAGUGGUCUCUCCAUCCUCAUUUGAAAAUGUGAAAGAAAAGUGGGUGCCUGAGAUAACUCAUCACUGUCCAAAGACUCCUUUCUUGCUUGUUGGGACCCAAAUUGAUCUCAGAGAUGACCCCUCUACUAUUGAGAAACUUGCCAAGAACAAACAGAAGCCUAUUACUCCUGAGACUGCUGAAAAGCUGGCGAGGGAUCUGAAGGCUGUCAAGUAUGUGGAGUGCUCCGCCCUCACACAGAGAGGUCUGAAGAAUGUGUUUGAUGAGGCUAUCCUAGCUGCCCUCGAGCCUCCGGAAACUCAACCCAAAAGGAAGUGCUGUAUAUUCUAAACCGUUUUCUCCUUCCCCUCUUUGCUGCUGCUUCCUGUCCCACUACUGUAGAAAGAUCAUUUAAAACAAAGGAAUAAAACCAUCCUGUUUGAAAGCCUCUGCGUCUUCUUACUCAACACCUUAGAGCAAACUCUGUAUUCAUUUUUGAUCAUGAAUGCAAUUAGAGUAUUUUUUUGUGAUCAGUAGUCACGUUAGACUUGUUUAACUUUCUGCUGCUUGAGUUGCCUGAUGCUCAGAGCUUUUGGUUUGAAUUAUAUUAUUGCAAAAGGGAAUGUGGUCUGGCAUUAAGAAUGAUGUCUUCUUGGAGAAAAUAAGAGUUUUAACACUUCUAGAUGUUAGUUCUAGAUGGAGAAAGUAUCACUAAACAUCAUUUUACUCUAAUGAUUGUUAAUUGUAAUUGCAUGACACACUAUGAAAAGGGUUGACUUGCUAGUAGAGUGUAACGGGGAAGGGAGGAUUCUCAUGGUUUUCCUGUGUGCAGUGAAACUCUGUGUUGCUCUUGCUUUGGCUGUUUGUGCUGUAGGUGGAGUGUUUGUCCUUCUGGGAUGGGGAAGGUAUCCAUGUAUCUGCUUACUGCAUUGUUACACAUUAUCUCCUAAUCUUAGCACCCAUUUAACAGUUGACUUAAGGUUUGCUGAUACUGAAAUGUAAAGCUACUGCCUUUAUAUUUUCCUGCUUUUGAUUCUAUUGUUGUGAGGGAAACAUACAGUUGUGGUUAUCUUUACAUUUUGAAAUUAAAAAUAUACAAUUGUUUGUAUAAAUGCCUGGUGAAGCUUUAUUCUUAUUGCAAUAACUGGCUCUAACUUCAGUCUUGUAUCAGGUACCCACCUCUGCUUCCUUGAAUCCCCCUGGCUUUGUCUAAUUAGUGGGAUAAAGGGAGGUCAAGGUGAUUAUAUUUACAGCUGCCAUACCCUUGCUACCCACUCCCUGCCUUUCAUACAACAUGGAUGCUGCCCAGGUGUAUUCUCUGUUUCACAUGCUGCUGUUCCAUUUGAAUGCAGAACUGCUUCCCUUGUUUCCUAUGUAAAAUGUUCUAGCCACACAUAACACGACUCAUCGAAUGAGCAAAUGACAUGUGCUUGUUUGCUUCUUGUGACAUAUAUUGGUUUGCAAAGAAUAUCUCAGAGGACCACUUAAGAAUCUGCUCAUCUGUGCCAGCAUUGCUGAAUCCCUCCUGUACUCUGACAAGACAACUGAGUGAAGCAAAAUUAUUAGGUUGGGUUUCAGGGUUAUUAAUGUUUCUUUGUUUGCCCACUGUCUUUGGGGUUUGACUGUUUUAAACAUGAACUCCAGUUCUGUUGUGAUACUGAAAAUCAGAUUGCCCAUUUCUUCUUUCUACCCCUUUUCAGAAAGGCCUAAAGAAUGUGUUUGAUGAAGCAAUAUUGGCUGCCCUGGAGCCUCCAGAACCGAAGAAGAGCCGCAGGUGUGUGCUGCUAUGAACGCGUCUCCAGAGCCCUUUCUGCACAGCUGGUGUUGUCAUCAUACUAAAAGCAAUGUUUAAAUCAAACUAAAGAUUAAAAAUUAAAAUUUGUUUCUGCAAUAAUGACAAACGCCCUGCACCUACCCACGUGCACUCAUGUGAGACAAGGCCCAUUAGUAUGGCCCCCCUUGCCCUUCCAGUAAUAGUUAAUUUUGAAUAAUUAUGUAUUGUCUGAAAAGCAAUGAGUGCUAGUUUUUGUUUUCCUUGUUUUUAAAAAAAAAAAAAAAAAACAGCAAAAAUCCCCACAAACGUUUUGUUUAAAAGCAAGGCAUGCUUGUGUUGACUGUAACAGACUAAUUCAAAUUGUCAAAGCUGCUCCCUGGUUCCAUUUUGGAGAGUAAUCUGGGGCAUCUUAGUGUCUUUUGUUUUCGUUUUGUUUUUCCUCAACCCUUCUCUCCUUUUGGGGUGUGUAUGGGGUUGUUUCUUAGACUUGUAUUUUAAAAUUUGUUAACCAGAGGACAGCCUGUGGGGGAGGAGGACAGAUUAUUUCCACAUUCCACUCCCUAGGUGUAGUUUAGCAAAUAUGUCCCCACCUGGUGCUCUUAGGAAGGAGUAUGGAAAUGCCUCGUUUAAUAACGUGCUCCUUCUUGAAAGUUGCCUUUUCUCUCCACCCUUAAGUGGAUCCAGUCUUUGAUGAAGCUCAUGAAGGUGGGUGGAAGCUGUCUUGCCCCUCUUUCUAGGAUGCACUCUAUGUGUGACUGUGACUUUCAAGGGUAUUUGUUUGACAUUUACUGAUAUUGGGGGGGGGGGAUAAUUUCUAACUUCUUUCAUUGAUAAAUGAAAAAAAAGUAUUGCACCUUUUGAAAUACACCAAAUGGAUUGAGUUCCUAAUUAAAAAAAGAAGUUCUUUUGCCCCUGUCAGUCAUUUUCUUAUAUGCUUAGCAUAGAUUCACAACUCACUGUAGCGUUCCUAGAUUCAGCUGAAGACCUGGUACCCAGGGUUCCUUACGGGAUGGUGUUAGGAAGCACAUCGUUACUGAUGAUUGCCAUCUCCUCUCAGGUGAUGAGGUUACAAGCCUGCUUCAUUAGAAGCUAUGAGCGUGAGGGGUGGGGAGCAUACUUUUAACCAACAUGGGGACCAGUCAGGGCUAUCCCCUUUUUUCUUCCAUGCCUAUGAGGAACCUUUGAACUGGCUGAAGCUCUCAAGAAAAAUGGUGAGAGCCUCAUGACUCUUUAUAAGUGUUAAUAGAGACUCUAUCAGAUUAUUUUGUUUGCAGGUUCCAGUUUUUAAAAAUGUUUAGGUAAUCUCCUUCCCCAGUCCUGAUCUUGUGGAUUCGUUAGUGCUGAACCGAUGCUUUCUUGUGUCUCAACUCUUUGUAUAUGAAUUCUUUUCAGAUGUAUUAAACAAACAAAACCCUUCA